AUGCCCGUCUACAUGCUCCACGGAUUCCGGUGGCCGCGCGCAGGCUUCACAGGAAUCCGUGUCUACGUCGUCCUCCACAAUCUCGAAGAAGCCGCAGCCGAGUACCUCCAGCAACCGCUGACAACAGAGCUGGUCACAGAAUCACUAAAAAAGACACAACCCGACCUCAUGCCACGACUGCCAGAGCUACAAUUCAUCGAGCAGUACGACCCACAAGACGAAUCCAGCAACACAGUCAGCCAGGAUUAUGCCUACGUCGCUGUUAAGGUGGUGACUAUCCCGGAUGGGGCGGGAGCGAGUCCAGGUCUGAAUAUGCAGGACGUUGUCGAGCAGGGGUCUGGCCUGUCAGCUGAUGCGACGGAGGCGCUGGAGGAAUUGCGCGAUCGGUUGGCGUCUGGAGAGAAAAUCGGUUGGUUUAUGGUUUACAAUGGGGAUCCGGACCGCUGGUUUCCGCCGUCCGAGGACGAAGAUGAGUAUGAGGACGAGGAGAGCUAUGUGGAUGAGAAGUUGGAGAGUCAGACGGGGAGUCAGACAGAGCCGGGGACGCCACAGAGUUAUACGGCUCGAUUGACUCGGUUGUUCAAUCGCAUGAGCACUUCAAGCUCAUGA